AUGACAUCUCCUGAAGAGCGACCACUUGCCCCCAAUGAUCCGUGGGCAUCACUCGUGGAUCGCAGCAUACGCGAAUGGGACGCGCCGAACCGGAACAUGUUUAGGAUUGCGAGGGACUUUUUGCAAGCGAACACUAGCCUUGACGACUUCCUCUGCAGCCCGCGAGAGCUCCCGCUCUUCUGGUUCUUCCAACGUCGAGAAACGUUCCUGUCACAGACGACCUUGACGAAAUGGAGCAGAGAUCGCCUAGACGAUUACGUUCUCCUCCCCGCACUCAACGGUUUCGUCUUGAGAUCGGAGUGCUUCUUCGUCAGCCACUUCUGGCUCACCAGCAACGACCCGGACCCGGACGGAAAAUACCUCCGUCUUCUUCAGCAGGAGCUCGAGCCCCAGAGUUGGUCGUACAUCUGGGUCGAUUGGACGUGCAUACCACAGCACCCCCGGACCGAGAGGGAGCAGGCCUACUUCCUGCGGGGACUCGAGACGAUGCCGGGGAUCAUCCGCAACUGCGGGUUCAUCUGGUUCUACCCGCCCUUCGAACCGCGCCUGUGGAUCCUGUACGAGAUCGCGGAGUACAGCCUCACGUGUGACGGCGGGAUCGAGAAUUUCGACGACAUCAAGGAGUUUCUGGAGCAUAUCAAAGAGAUGCAGGAGGUCGGGGUGCGUGCGACGCUGAGCAAACACGGCUACAGGUGCGCGGACGACCUGGACAAGGAGUGUCUGACGUCGUUGCUGGAGUUUCUGUGCAUCUUGAGACGGCUGCGUCUUGACGUCGAGGAUAUCAGAAAACUGAUGGAUCGCAUGACGUGGUCUACCCGGACGCACACCGUGAUAUGCGGGACUUUGGACGGUGUGGUGGAGCUUUGUCGGUUUGACGGCACUCUGAAAUUGAAUGGAGAGUGUCAUACGUUCACGCCGUUCCCGAGAUGGGAAGACAGCAAAUACUUUUCAGCUAUCAAUACCAUAUCACACGAAUAG